AUGUCGAUAAGAUAUCGAUUAAAACGAAAUAGUGGUCUUGUAAACGAUCCAAUUCCAGUUUAUCCUGACGCCAUUUAUCGACCAAAAAAUCGACCAGUACCAGUUAAUAUUCCAUCAAUAGAUUCUAAGAAACUAGAACCGCGUAUAAUGCCUAAAAGUGCACCACAAAUUGCACCACUUGCUGCAAAUGAAAGCGGUUAUUCACUUUGGUGGAUCAUUGGUCCAUUACUUGCUGUAUUCAUAGCAAUGAUUAUUGGUGCUUUGGUUUAUGUAGCGAAGAAAAAAAAUGCUUCACAGCAAGAAAAUGAUUCGAAAAACCGAGAAACAGAUAAUUCCGAAGAUGAUAAUAAUAUACUGUUAAAAAAUAUGAAGUCAAAUACAAUAUCGAAGGAACAACAAAGAACAUUACCACCAAUAUCUCUUGCCACGAAAAGUCCAAGUUAUUCCGAAAGUUUAUUAUCAUCAUCAGCAGUGAGUCCAACAUCUUCAGCACUUUCAAGUACAUCAAAUCUUGAUAAACUGAACGACAAAUCAAGUAAACAAAAUUCUGACGCAAAUAUAAAUAAGAAAGAAUAUCAACGGAAUAAAACAUUCUCAUCAAAUGAUAUUAAAAAAAUUGAUUCACAAAAUCAUACUGAACCAUUCAAAACACAACAAAAUAAUAAAAUAUUUUCUCCUAGUGAAAUCAAUGAUUUAAAUGUCGCGGCAUCAUCUGAUCGUGAUUAUAUUCAUGACUUAAAUUCACCUGAACAACAUGGAAUUGGUAAAAGUCCAUUGAUAUCUAGUAUACCUACAGGAUCAAAACGUAAUGAAAAAGAAAAAUCACCAAAAGAUAAAAUCUCGAAUUUAAAUGAGUUAACAAAUAAAAAUAUAAUUCAAACAUCAAAAACAGACGAAAUUAAAUUUGGUAAAUAUUAUCUUCAUAAUUAUAGAGAAAAAAAAUUCUAUUCGAUUGAAUUAGAUAAAGAUAAUUCUGAUCAGUCAAAUUUUGUUAAUCAAGAUAAAACAUUAAUACAUAUGCCAAAUGUUCCUCAAUGUAAAACAAGUAGAUCAUCGGAUGAUGAUAAUGAUGAAUUUGAUGAAUUUUAUCCUGUCUCUAUUAAUAAUUCUACAAAUCAACAAAAGACAAAUUCAAAUAUAAAUGCAUUAAAGAAUCGAAAAAAACGAACUUUACGUAUACAAAAAUCUUUAACAAAACAUUCUCAUUUUAAAAGACAAAAUUUUUAA